CUCACCGUCUCGCGCCUUACAGGCUCAUCUUAAAGAGAUGUACUUGCAAAACUUAGGCCUGGGGCUCGAUCAUAAAUCUUUGGUUGGGCACAAAGUUUGACUCAUAUAUCUCGUGAUUCGUCAUCCAGUGUCACGUGUUACCUCUGUUACGCUCGGCCACAUGAUGCCACGGUGAUCAGAUUUGUUGACGCUAUCCUGUAUCGGUUUUAUCCCAUCGCGCACUAUUGAAAACCAUGGACGGCAUCGCCGAAACGAUCAUAGCGCAGGCGACGGACCCGAAAGUGGCGUUUAUGGCCGCAGCUCUCUUCGGCUAUUGUUUAUACAAACUCAUGGCCAUGACGCGCAGAAAGAGCUCCCAGUCCUUUGCAAAGGACUCCGACGAAACGGAUGACGAUGACGUGGCGUACACGGACAAUGACGGCGGUUACAAGCUGAUCCUGAUAAUUCGGACGGAUUUGAAAAUGGGAAAGGGAAAAGUGGCAGCUCAGUGCUCGCAUGCCGCCGUCGCGGCUUACAAAGCCGUCAGUAAGCAUCCGAAGAUCCUGAGAUCGUGGGAGGAGUCUGGCCAGGCCAAGAUCACCCUGAAGGUGGACAGCGAGGCUGCUCUUACGGAGAUCGCGAAGCAGGCUAAAGCCAUGGGUCUCUUGGCGAACGUUAUACAGGAUGCGGGGCACACGCAAAUCCCAGCGGGAAGCAAGACUGUAUGCGCGGUCGGGCCAGGCCCGGCCAGGUUGGUAGAUCAAGUCACCGGUCAUUUAAAGUUAUUUUAACUGUUUAUCGAAUAAAGCCCCCCGAGCCCUUUCAUAUA